AUGAUAUCUCUAAUCAAUUUCAAUCCUGCAGAUUAAAGAUGUAGAAUUAACAGUCCUCGUUCAAUAAUAGUCUUAAAGUAAAGAGGAAUGACUUAAGAAGAGUUGAUUUGUAUAAAUAAAGAAAAGUUGAUGAUGAUGUUAAAAUAAGAAAAUUCAUUAUAGGGAGAGAACUUAGAAGAUUUUUAUAAACAUUAUGAAUAUCGAAGAUAAUAAAAAGUUUAUAUGUUAAUAAAGGAUAGAGAAGCUUUGUUAGAAAAAGAAAAAAGAAAAAAAAUAGAAUCGAAUAUGAUUAAAUUUAUAGAAGACAGAUCACUUAUUAGUUCAAAUUCAUCUAAAUUUAUGGAUUAAGUUAAGAAGAAGAAAUAUAUGGAAAUGAUCAAGUAAAGACAUAUACAAGAGUUAAAGUUAAAGCGUGAAAUAUAAAAUCAAUAGUAGUAAGAAAAAAUGUAAUUGUUUGAAGAGUAAAGAAAGAAAAAAUAGGAAUAAAGGUAAUAAGCAUUUUAGACAAAAUAAGAGUUUAUUGCAAGAUAAAAAAAACUGAAGGAAUUAGAGGAAUAAAAGAAAAGUGGAUAAUUAUAAUAAGAAUAUUUUUUUAAAGAAUAAUAAAGACUUGAAUAAUAGUAGAUUGAAGAAUAAUAAAGAAAAGCAGAAGUAGCUAAUAGAGAAUAAUAGUAACAUGAAUUCAAAUAAAAAUUAGAAAAGGAAAGAAAAAUGAAAGAGAAAUAAGCAGAAUUAGAGUAUAAUUAAAGGAAAUCUUAAGAUGAAGAACAAGAACUUAGAAGAUAAGAAUUUUUUUAAUAGCAAUUAUAGCAAAAAAGACUUAACGCAUAAAAAAGGGCAUAGACUGCUAAAUUAAGAUAGAGAGAAGCAUUAAGAAAUUAAAUAGAAUUUUAAAAGAAGUUAAGAGAUGAUUAUUUAAAGAAGGAAGAGAGGAUUGCAGAAAAACAACAUUAAUUUUAAGAACAACUUCAUUAACGAUAAUUAUCUAUAGAAGAAAAGAAUAAGAUGAUAAAUGAAAAGAUUCGAAACACUGCUUAAAUGAAAGAAUUAAUGCAUGAUGAAUUUAAAAGAUAAUAUGCAGAAAGAUAAUAAGAAAUAUAAUAUAGAUUGUAAUAAAGAAGUGAAUCUGGAGCAAAAGAUGAAUUUAUUAAAUAGUAAACUGAAAGAAGAGCAAAACAUAUAGAAAAAUUUUUAAAAAUGAAUGUAUAAUAAUUAGAGGAGAAAAGAUAAGAAUAUCUAUAAAAAUUGAAAGAUUAAGAUGAAAAGGUAAUAGAAUAGCUUUGAUUUUUGAUAGAUAUAAAGAGUUAAGAAGGAGCAAGAAUUAAUGCAUUAAUAAUAGUCAUACUAGAAAUUGAAGAAAAGAUUUGAUUAAUAGGAGUGUAUUAAACAUCAAAGAUAAUUUGAAGAUUUUAAGAGAGAAUAAAUAAAAAGUAAAUUGAGGGAGGUUAAUUUGAGAAUGCAAGAUAAAAUAGAGGAUUAAAGAGAACUAGAUAAAUUAAGAGAAUAAGCAAAUCGAGUUGAAUAGAUGAGUAAGAAGAUAUGA